CACACGGCAGUGUCAAUGAAAAAAUAUUCAGCCCCUUGCAUUGGCUUCGGAUAAUUUCUUUCGCUGACUCAGUGAGCAAGUCGGCGUUUGGCGCAGUUGGAGAGGAACUAGCAGCAAUGGGUACAGGGAGCAGUCGCAGGCGAGAAGCGGCCGGUGGAGGUGCAGGCGGCGCAAGCAGUGGACAGUCGGCAGGUGCUAGUGCAUUGCAGCGUAGUGCACCAAAGGCACCAACAUGUGACGUUGCGAUAUCUUACCAUGGCGAUGACAUUGCCCUUAUGCGGUACAUCCAAGGUGAGUUUGAAAGCCAGAAGCUGACUGUCUUUGCCGAUGUGGCUGAGGACACGGACAAAGAAGAAGGAAAGUCAGGGUCGGCUAUUGUUCAGGCAAAGGUAUUCGUUCUGAUCUUGAGUCCGUCAUCAGCUGAGUGCAAGUCUUGCAAUCGUGAAGUGCAGCUUGCCUACAUCUCCGACAAGCCAAUCUUCCCGGUCACUGUGCGUGAUCAUGAGGACCCAGAGCUGCAGAAAGCCAUGGACUUUGGCCUAAAGCUGACCCUUCAGCCGAUGGACUGGAUUUUUUUCACUAAUGUAGAUGAUAAGGCCACACCAAUGAAGGAGCUGACUGCCGGCGUGAGGCAGCAGAUCAAGUCAAUAGAAGAGGAGGAGGCAGGAACUGCUGGUGCCAACCAGCCAGCCAGCAACACUGGCAGUUCUGAUGCUAAGGUAGUAGCUGUGGAGUCAGUCACGGUGGAGCAGAGAAGAUCCCGUGUUACAAUGAACCGUACAGCCAAGCUGGUCACUGACAAGUCUCUCGUGCGAGCUGAGAGUGAGAUUGGUGAUGCAACGGCUAGCGCGGAUCAUGUCCCGGGCACUGCUCGCACAUUCUGGGACCGACACUUUGAAGGACAUGACACUGUUCAGUGGGAGCAGUUUAAAAAUGCUUUCCUGGAGGAGUACGGUGCCAAGCUGGAGUCGUUGGUUAGCAGUGAUCAGGAUACCAUCAAGUGGAUAUUGAAGCUGACGCAGCGCGAGGUGUUCGACGGCAAGGACACCACCAGCAAGACGAGUUUCCUGGACUUCCGCGGUCGGCGCCCCGAGCGUGAUCUGUUCUUCAAGCGUAUCUCACAGCUGGCCCUGGAGAGCUACUCAAUGCACGGCGUUUUCAGUAUGGACAGUACAGUCAGAUUGGCUGCCGUGGAAAAUCUUGGUAAAUUCAGUAGCGCCGCCGUCAUCGAAGCCUUGCUGGAUCUACUUGACGAUCCCGAUGCCAACAUACGUGCAGUUGCAGCCAUCUCUCUAGGCCGUACGGGUGCCGGACAAGCCAAGUCCAUCCCCAGGCUUAUCGCAGGUCUGGCAGACUCUGAUCGCCUUGUACGUGAGGCGUGCUGCCUCUCGCUGGGACACUUGAAGUCUGCCGAAGCCGUUCCGCACAUUGUCAACCGAUGGCGCAAUGACUUCAUCUCACACGUACGUGAGGCAGCACAUGUUGCACUGAAGAACAUCGGCGGUGAGGAGGCUGGUCGUGCUAUACACAUGACAGAGGUGCUGACAAAAGAGAUCCGCGACUUGACAUCAUGAGCGCACUCUUUUUUUCACACGCACACACACACACACGCGCGCACACACAUUGCGGUGAGCCGAUCCAUCUCUGCAGAUGAGAUCCAGCGCUCGAGCGCUCGACCGAAAGCUGUCAUUUUUUUUAGCGUGUAUGCUCCGAACUUUAAUCUCUGCUGUUAGGGGAGCAUAGUUAUCGGCUAGGUGAAAAUUAGACUUUCUACAGAGAUGUAUGAGUACUUGAAUAGGAUCCUUACCUUGAUUCAUCACGUGUCUAGUGCAGCAAUCUCCCACCUGCUGGUACCAUCUGUUACAAUAUAUUUGCAACUCACCUUUUAAAAGAAGCUCAUUGCUAGUACCAUCUGUUACAUCUAUUUGCAGCUCAUCUUAAGAAGCUCAUGUAUCUACUCUCUCCUGACGGUAGAGGGGUCGAAAGUUUACAAUCCCCGGUGUUAUAGGCUGUUUCAUUUCUUUUAUACUUCAAUUUAUAGAUUAAGUCUGAGUACGUAAUGCGUGGUGAUAAUUUCGGCUAUGAAAUAAUAGUGCCAUCACAUGUUUUUAGACAGA